CUUAGGUCACACCACAGAAAUUUUGGUCCGCCGCCGGCGAGGGAAGGAGAAAGGGGAAGAGAAAGGUACGUAGAUUUACCAUGGCGACAGCAACGGCACCUGAGUCCGUCCAAUGCUUCGGGCGUAAGAAAACGGCGGUGGCCGUCACUCACUGCAAGCGCGGCCGCGGGCUGAUCAAAAUCAACGGAGUUCCGAUUGAGCUUGUACAGCCGGAGAUCCUUCGCUACAAGGCGUUCGAGCCUAUCCUCCUCGUUGGCCGCCACCGAUUUGCCGGCGUCGACAUGCGCAUCCGCGUCAAAGGAGGCGGUCACACAUCUCAGAUUUACGCAAUUCGUCAGUCAAUUGCCAAAGCUCUAGUCGCUUUCUACCAGAAGUACGUUGACGAACAGUCUAAGAAGGAGAUCAAGGAUGUUCUUGUGAGGUAUGACAGGACUCUGCUGGUGGCUGAUCCAAGGCGCUGCGAGCCAAAGAAGUUUGGAGGACGUGGUGCUCGUGCCAGGUUCCAGAAGUCUUACCGUUGAAAUGCUGUUAGUGGAUCUGCUUUUAUUACUAUUAACGCUAUCACAAUUACUCUUUUUGGAUUGACUUGAGCCGUAUUUUGUUUUGGAAAUCUUGCUUUUAUCUCCUAUUUUCUGCCUAUGGAUCGUUUUAGACGGAUACUAGAAAACUAUACUGGUGUAUCUGCAUCUACAUUAUGUCUAUGUGCUUGAUGAUAAUUAAAUAUUUUUCCUCA